AUGUCCGAAGCGCCAAAAAUUGAAGAAGAAGAUGCCGUGUUUGGAGAGAUCACUGAAGAAGGGCCUAACUACCGUAAUGUGGGAUUCCUGGGAACAGUUAUCCUCAUGAUGAAGACCCAAAUUGGCCUGGGUCUUUUGUCAGUCCCAGGUGCCUUUGACGUCCUGGGCAUAGUCCCGGGCAUCAUCUGCCUUUGUGCUAUCUCCUGUAUCACCACGUGGUCCGCCUACAUAAUUGGUACCUUCAAGCUUCACCAUCGUGAAGUGUAUGGUAUUGAUGACGCAGGGCAUUUGAUAUGUGGUCAAGUUGGUCGUGGGGUCCUGUCAAUAGCAUUCUGUCUCUUCAUUAUCGUCACCAUCGCUGUUGGCGUCCAAGACCGCCCGGCCACUGCACCGCAAACUGACACCCCCUGGGUCCCCGACUACAAAAUCAUCGGCAAACCAACCUUCACCAGCGCUAUUAGUGCCGUAUCUACACUUCUCUUCGCGUUUUCUGGUACACCGGGCUUUUUCGCUAUCGUGUCGGAGAUGCGCAACCCCCGCCAAUACACUCGAGCGGUACUUAUCUGCCAGGUUUUUGUGACAGUAUUAUUCGCUGUGGUUGGCUGCGUCGUCUACUAUUACUGCGGAUCAUAUGUCGCUUCUCCAGCACUCGGUUCUGCAGGCGGAACAAUGAAGAAAGUUUGCUACGGGCUCGCAUUGCCGGGGUUGAUCGUUACAAUGACGAUUGUUGCACACAUACCAGCGAAAUACAUCUUCAUCCACAUCCUCCGGGGCUCCCACCAUUUAACCAGCAACACCCCAAUACAUUGGAUGGCCUGGCUCGGCUGCACCUUCGGUGUUGUCGUGAUCGCGUAUAUCAUCGCCAGCGCAAUCCCCGUCUUCGACGGACUAGUCUCACUUAUCGGCGCCUUGCUCGUUCCACUCAUGUGCUUUCAGCCAUAUGGGGCCAUGUGGCUGUAUGAUAACUGGGGUCAGCGUAGGGACACGCCUAAGCGGUGGUAUUUCAUGGUUUGCUGGAGUGUUUUUGUGAUAGUCAUUGGGACCUUUUUGAUGGUUGCGGGAACCUACGGAUCUGUUGUUGGAAUAAUUGAUACGUACAAGACGUCAGGAGGCUCUAGCGCUUUUUCCUGCGCUGAUAACUCGAAUUCUGUUUGA